AUGCCCGUAUGGGCAGCAGAGCUCAAGAAUCCGCCAGCGCACAAAUCAAAGCAGGCGAGCAUUCCUGAUCUGCCGGGCUUCCCCUCGUUCGCAGUCCUCAAAGACGCCAAGGAACCCAAAGCCGCCCAGCGCAAGCCGCCGACGCCCGACGAGAUGGAUACGUGGAAGCUCAAGAAGGUGUGGGAGGUGGCGCUGGGCCCCAUCAAGAGCCUGCCCAUGACCGCCAUCAUGAUGUACAUGUCGGGCAACUCGCUACAGAUCUUUAGUAUCAUGAUGGUCUACAUGGCCUUCAAGAACCCUAUCAUGGGCAUCCUCGGCACCAACCAGGCCUUUGAGCGCUUCGAGACGGACAGCAAUAGAGCCAAGAUCUUUCAGCUGGUUGCCCUGGCGCUGGGGAUAUGGAAGGUCAACUCGAUGGGACUGUUACCGACAACGAGGUCCGACUGGCUUGCGUGGGAGACUCAGCGCGAAGCUGUGGAGCAUGCUGUGCCGGGCUUAUGA